AACAACUCACAUCGUCUCUCAAGAUCCUGAUAACACCCAAAUAACUCCAAGCAAUAUGUCUGCACCUUUCCAGACGUACGCCAUCACCGGCAUCCCGACUGAGGGCACCGGUCCCCCACCAUCUCGAAGUGAGAUCAACGCUUGGGCCAAACAUAACCCAAUUCAGCUUUCUCUCUUCAUCCAGGCCUUGCGCGCCUUCCAGAGCAUGGACUUCAGGGAUCAGUUAUCCUACUACCGCAUUGCAGGUAUCCACGGCCUUCCGGCCACCUCAUGGGAUAAUGAUCCUAUCCCAAUCGAGGUGACCAACUCCUAUGGACCAAACUACCCUGACCAUACUCCUGACUUCUACUGCCCACACAACACGUUGAUCUUCCCAACAUGGCAUCGCGCCUAUUUGCUUCUCUUUGAGCAGCGUCUUUGGGAAAUCAUGACGAAAGAGAUCGUUCCUGCAGCCCCACCCAGCGCUCAGCAGCAGUGGAUGACCGAAGCAAACGCCUGGCGUAUGCCGUACUGGGACUGGGCCGGCAUCCCCAGUGUUCCUGACGUUGCAAGCACUCCGACAAUUACUAUUCAGAUGCCAGAUGGGACAUCACAAGAGGAUUGGAACCCGCUGUACCAGUUCAGCACGGCCAACAUGACGCAAUUCAAGAGUGCUUCCAUGAAGCCACUCUUUUCCGAUCAAAAGGCCUUUGGGGAGUUUGCGAUCGUUGAUGAGCCGCCUACCAAUCAGACGUAUGCCACGAGCCGAUGGGGUCUCGACAACCCCAUCACGACGCAGCAGGUCUCCGGAAUCGUCAAUAACCAGGCCGUGAACAUUGCACUGCAGAAACCACUUUGGGCCAAUGUCACCAACGCUGGAGGUCUCUACGGAACCUUUGCCGAACAGGUUUCAAGGCUAUUCGUCCCGACCAACUUUGACAAUUUCGCAGAAUUCGCCACAACUGCCCAUGGGGGCCAGGGUCCCGCUGCAUAUCUCUCUGUCGAGAUGUUGCACAACUGCAUUCACGACUUCACGGGAGGCGUGGGCUGGACUCCGAACAUGCCCCCCCUUGGUUCCGAAAACCCGCCGCCGCCGGAUGUAGAUUCUGCUGAUCCUCCGCCAAAGUACGCUUACGGCCACAUGACCGACCUCGGCCUCGCAGCUUUUGACCCCAUCUUCUGGCUGCAUCAUUGCAACGUGGACCGUCAGCUUGCGAUAUUCCAGUCGCUCAACUCCGUGCCCUGGUGGUCCGGCCAGAACGUCACGAGUGACCCCGCCUCUGACGCCCCAUUGUACCCGUUCCAUUCCGACACCAACUUUGGGCACUGGACUUCGGACGCGCUGCAGGCUUGGACGAAGCUGGGGUACACCUACGACGACCUUUCGCCGAAAGCGGGGUCCAAUGCCCCAACCGCCACCCCUGAGGAGGUCAUCGGUCGGCUAACAGCCAAAUACGGCGUCCUCAGGAGCCUUCUGAAGGAAGUUUCUCACAAGAACAUUGCUGGAUUAGACAAUGACUUCAUCAUCAACGUCCUGUACAACCGCUACGCUCUCGGAGGCCGAAGUUUCAUCAUCUACUUCUUCCUCGGUACCGACAACCGCAAGGCCUCCGGACGCCCCGAAGAUAAUCUCUGGAGCGAGGACUACAUUGGCAGCAUCCACAGCUUCUCCAGGAACUGGAAGAAGAGCGGCGUGGCGUGCGCCAACUGCACCAAGCAGCAGAGUGUCCAACAGCUCUCAAAGGGACAAGUGCCUUUGACGCUGCAGCUUCUGAAGAGGGCUAUUGACGAGGACAAAUGGACCGACAUUAAACAUCUUGGUGCGGAGCACGUUCUUGAGUACGUGAAGAAGAAUCUGCAUUGGAGAGUCGUGGCUCUACCCGGCGAGGUGAUCAAGCCGGAAGCAAUGCCGGAUCUUCAGGUCAACUUUUUAGCCGGCAAGGGCACUCAUCCUGAAGAUCCGGAGAAGCCUUCGGAGUUCCAUCACUACGAUGAUGAGUGGAAGGUUACAAAGGGCAGCGAUGGAAAUCCCCGUUGGGACCAAACUAGGAAGAGCGGAAAGAAGGUAUAAAAUACGGAGAAGGAUCCAUGAGAUCAAGACUAGUGCCCUGAGAUUAUUCUACGAGCUUAUGUCAUUCCCCGUGAGCUUUGGAUGACCACCGUGAACAUAUUUGUAGAUCGGUGUAGAGAUUAUGAAAACGUCUCGCUCCUUGCGAACGACGGCUGAAUGAAGCCUUAAGCCCCCAUACUGACAUCAGCCCAAAACUUUGGUCGAAAAUUGCUUAGAUGUCAAUAAGAUGGAGAAAAGGAGUCUACAUGCC